AUGAAUCAAUCUAACAUUGGUCUUCUUGAUUUACCUAAUGAAAUAUUACUUAUCAUUUUCAAAAAGCUCGAUAAUAUGGAUGUUCUUUAUUCAUUAUUAUGUGUUAAUAAUCGACGACUUGAUACUAUAAUACAAGAAAAUGAUUUCGCUAGUAUUCUCAAUUUUGUAUUAACAUCAUCAUUUAAUGCUACUUUCGCACCUGUUGAUCUAAGAGUUGAUCAAUUCUGCACUUCAAUAUUGCGAAAAAUUCAUCACAAAGUUAAAACUCUUAUUGUUGAUUUAAUAUCUCUGAAAAGUAUUGUUUAUGCUGCCCGUUAUCCUAAUUUAACUGAACUUAAACUCUUUAAUGUUGAAAGAAGGAUUAUUUUAUGA